AUGACGGGAGAGACGCUAUACAACACCAUCCGUGAGACGGUCUGGACAUACAUAGAAGCCUACAGCUUCAGCGGGCCACACGGAAAGCCGAACAUCCGGCUCCUAACCUCGCUGAUGUCGCCGGAAUACCAGCACUCCUGGGGCCACAACCACAUGAUCCGCGACAUGCCGCGCCUACAGGGAGUGCUGGACGGGGAGGGGUUCGCGGCGCACCUAGGCUCCAUGGUACCGCACCUCGAGUCCUGCCGCGCCGUCGUGCACGAUAUGAUCGUGGACGCGCCGGCGCGCAAGGUCGUUGUCCGGAACAGCUUCUUCAUGUGUCCCCGGGGCCAGGGGGGCGGUGGAGAGGACGGCAGGGAGACGGUGGAAAAUGAUGUGCUGUGGAUUUUUGGCAUGGAUGAGUCGGGUAGCAGGAUCGAGAGCGCGAUGGAGUUCUUGGAUGCGGCAGCAACGGAGCGAAUCGGGGAGUUGAUUGCCAAGGCGAAGGAGAGGCAAUGA